UCCACUAUGAGAGUUCACCAAUGAAGUUCCGGUUGUCGGCGCACGCUUUCCUUCCGCGGUUUCGUGAAACGAAAAGAUUGCGAACGAGUGCUUCGGCGUCCAGAAAAUACAGCUAAAAUGAGUAAAGCACACCCACCCGAGCUGAAGAAGUUCAUGGACAAGAAGCUUUCAUUGAAGCUGAAUGGAGGCAGACAUGUGCAAGGCAUCCUGCGGGGGUUCGACCCUUUUAUGAACCUGGUGGUGGAUGACUGUCUGGAGAUGGGCCCCGGAGGACAGCAGAACACAAUUGGCAUGGUGGUCAUCAGGGGAAACAGCAUCAUCAUGCUGGAGGCCUUGGAGAGAGUAUGAGAGCGGAGGAGGCACCUGAA